CGGUACCUCGGCUCUGGCCCCGCCCACCGCCUGGCUCUGCUGCUUCGGGGCUCUCGGGAUUCACCGAGCGGGUGCGAACGGCACAGACACGGCAGAGACGCGGCCGCGCAGCUCCUGCCUGGGACCGAGCCGAGCUGACGGGACGGGGAGCGCGGGGCCGCGUCUCGGGGAUAGCGGCGAAGCCGGGCCGGGCGCCCCUCAGCGUGAGGUGAAGCCCCGCCCCAUCCUCCGCGCGGCGCUGGGCCUGGUCCGGUUCCCGGGCUCCUCCUGAGUCCGGGGGUCGUCUCACCCGCCCUCCGCCGCUUCUCGCCUCUUUCCUGUACAGCGAGGGUGUGGGUACGGCCCUCGAGUGGGCUCCUUGGCCUUGGCAGGCGCAGAGGCGGGCCGCCUGGAGGAGAGGCCGUCCCGAUGUCUUUCAGGAUGGCGCGGGCGAUGCCGCAGCUCUGAGCCCGCAGCGCCAUGGCAGCCGGCUGCGCGCCGCCGUUCGGGGACGCGGCGGAGAUGCGGGAGGGAUUCCUAUGCCCGCUGUGCCUGAAGGACCUGCAGGCGUUCCAGCAGCUGCGGGCGCACUACGAGGAGGAGCACUCGGGCGAAGACAGAGACGUCAGAGGCCAGCUCCGAAGUCUUGUCCAGAAGGCCAAGAGAGCAAAGAAGAAAUUACUGAAACGAGAAGAUGACAGAACUGAUUCUGGAUCUCAGGAACGAUACGAGUCAUUCAGCUAUGGUGGCAUAGAUCCGUACAUGUGGGAGCCCCAGGAAGUAGGUGCUAUGAGAAGCCAUCUUUCCAGUUUCAAGAAAUACCGAGCAGCCAGGAUUGAUCACUAUGUAGUUGAAGUCAAUAAAUUGUUAAUCAGGUUAGAAAAGCUGACAUCCUUUGACAGAGCCAACACCGAGUCAGCCAAAAUACGAGCUAUAGAGAAGUCUGUUGUGCCUUGGGUCAAUGACCAGGACGUUCCAUUCUGCCCAGACUGUGGCAAUAAGUUCAGCAUGCGAAACAGGCGUCACCACUGCCGGCUUUGUGGCUCUAUUAUGUGCAAGAAGUGCAUGGAACUUAUCAGUCUUCCCUUGGCAAGCAAACUCACCAGUGCCAGUAAAGAGGACUUGAGUUCUCAUACUAGCCCCAACGCCUCACCCAAUAGCGUACAUGGCUCUCGACGAGGCAGCAUUAGCAGCAUAAGCAGUGUGAGCUCAGUUCUGGACGAGAAGGAUGAUGACCAAAUCCGUUGUUGUCAGCACUGCAAAGAUACUCUGCUGAAAAGAGAACAACAGAUUGAUGAGAAGGAAUACACUCCAGAGAUUGUGAAACUCUAUGAGAAACUCCGACUCUGCAUGGAGAAGGUUGACCAGAAGGCACCUGAAUAUGUAAGAAUGGCAGAAUCUCUGAAUGCUGGGGAGACAACCUACAGUCUUGAACGUGCUAAUGACUUGAGGGUGGAGAUUCAAAAAGCGUACGAAUUUAUAGAUGCCCUCAGUAAGAAGAUUGUGAGUCUAGGCUUGAACGAAGAGCCCCAGCCUCAUCCUAAAACACUGCAGCUUCAGAGAAUGAUAAGAUACUCAGCUACUCUUUUUGUUCAGGAAAAACUGUUUGGCCUCAUGUCCCUGCCAACCAAAAGUCAGUAUGAAGAACUGAAGAAGAGAAGACUGCAUAUGGCAGCUCUUGAAACACACAGAAAACAAGAGGAGAAGCAGAAAGACUUGACAUGCAGAUCUGCAGGUGCAGUUAAUGGUGAUGCAACUCUCCUUAAAAAAGGAGCAGUCAGGAAAUCUGAAGGCUGGCUGCCUACAUCGAGCAUAUCUCGACAGAGUGAGGUGGCAGACCCACUUCUUCAGCAGAUUGACAACAUCACAUCCUUCAUUGAGCAAGCAAAGGCAGCUAAUAGGCUGGAUGAGGUCCGUAUGUUGCAAGAAAACCUGAGGCAACUUCAGGAUGAAUAUGAUCAACAGCAAACUCUGAAAGCCAUUGAGCUUUCUAAAAAACAGGCAGAAGAGGAAGAGAAGCAGAGGGAAGAACUUCAGUUCCUUUGUGAAAAAGAGUGGGAAAGAGAACACCACAAAUCCAUGUCUCAGCAUUCAAUGACAGGCUCCUUAGAUUUCAGAGAAGGCAAGCAGCAUCAGUAUGAAGCUGCAAAAGAGAAUCAGAACUUGUUAGCACAUAGAUUGGAUUUAGAUAUUACUCAAGUGAAAGGGAACCGAAGUUCUGAAACUACUGCUGUUCAGCAGAUUCCAGCCAAAGAGUACGUAAUCGUCCCAGUUAGACACCAGAAUACUCCACAGUGUGGCAAAGACCAAAAUCAGGCAACCUGUCUAAACCCCUUUGAAGAUGAAGCAGAUACCCCUCUGUCAGAGGAAGAUCCCACUAACCCAUUUGCUGAAGAUGUGUCUCAACCGGUUUCUUUCUCUAACACAGCUCUGCAAAGUGACAGAAAAGAAUAUAACCCAUUUGAAAAUGGGGAGGAAGGUGAACAGACCAGUGGAGCAUCUGUCAGUACUUCAAAUCCCUUUGAAGAGGAUGAAAAUCCAUUUCAGAAGUCUGGGAACAAUUGGAAUUCUGGAAAUCCAUUUGAAGAAGGAUCUUCUACCAAUCCCUUUGAGGUGGAAGAUGUAACUGAGAUCUUAAGAGAGGAGGCUAUAGACGAGGAACUGCUUCUCCAACAGAUAGAUAAUAUCAAAGCCUACAUAUUUGAUGCCAAGCAUAGCGGACGAAUGGAUGAGGUGGAACUACUGACGGAGAACUUAAAGGAACUGAAGUACACUUUAGCAAAACAAAAGGAGAAAUCCAACUGUUGAAGCAGCAAUCACACCUUGUAAGAGUUACCUCAAGUCCGCUGCUAAGAGAUGGGAAGAUGGAGCAGUUAUAAACAGCAGUACAGAUUACAAGAAGGAAUUGGGAGAAUGUUAUAUUUUAUAUGCUUUCAUUUAUAUAUUCCCAACACUACUCAGCCUUGAAGAAAGAAGAGGAACGCUGCUAGUCUUGAACACUUAUACUAAAAAAACUUAUCAUAAGUUGUUACAACCAUCUUAAUGCUAAUUCGUCUUACUGUGUGUUUAAUUUGGUCAAAAGGCUUAAGCAGUAAUAGGGAACUGUCACUUUGUUUUAUGGUUGGUUUGUCAUCUUUCCUCCUUGUUUGCACUGUGUUGUUACAGCAGCUGAGCUACUGGCUUUUCAAAUGGAGCUUUGACCGAAAAGACAAAAGUGUUUCUAAAAUUUCUGCAUCUUCUGCUAAUGGCACAGUGUCAGGUACAGGCCAGUCUGACUGUCCUAAGAGAGUUACAAGGAAGUGCUGUUGAAAGGCUGCUAUGAUUCUUUGAGAUGCAGGAUAUACAGGCCAUAGGUCAGUUUUGUGCAAUAGUACAUGAAAUGGAUUUAAAAACUAGUAGAGACUUCACUGAUUUUAAUAUGAGUAGCAUUUAAAGUGUGCUUAUAACAAUUUCUAACUGAGGUGCCACCUUGUUACUUUUAGUUUCCCAGUCCCUCUAGGCACAAAUUGCAGUGUAAUAGAGAGCCACGUUGGCUUCAAAGCUACGUGUGUAGGAAUGAAUAUGUAGAUGCUCAUUUCCAGAACAUCAGGCUAGUAUUAAGGGUGACCUUGAAAUUCCUGAUUAUAUUCUGGAAUGUGCACUUUCCUUUAUACUCUCUGGGUUGAAGAAUGAUCAUAUUUGUUUACCUGAGACUUGAAUCCUUAUUGUAGCACUUUAAGAACAGAAAUCCUGGAGAGCUGAAGUGCCACUGAACUGGAAUUCUGUGAGAGCUGGGCUGUGAUUGUGCCAAAUGUAAGUUCCUAUUUUAUAUUUGAUUCUCAUCAGAAGUUAAAAGAACCAGGCAUGCGAGUCUUCAGUAAGCAGGUCCAGAUGGGAGUCUUGGUUUGGGCCUCCACCCAUGGCAGUGACUGGGUAAAGGCCAUCUCCUGUGGUGCAGGAGGGCUUCUGGAGAUUGGUACUAUAAAAGUUAGGAUUGUUCAGUGUUAAGUUAGUGUGUUUUGCUGCUUUCCCCACAUUCCCUCCCUUUGAGAGGCAGAGGUCCAUCUUCAGACAUAAGUGUUUGAAACGGUGGUUGGGAGAAGUUAGUUAGAAAGGUGUAUCUAAUUAAAGCUGAAAAGGAGGAUAUUGGGCAGAUCAUACUCUCUUGCUCUAAUAGUAGUGGGCUUACUGAGAAGUAGAGUUUUGUGGAGUGGGACAUCUCUUAACUAUGUAUCCAAUAACACAUGAAUAGCGUAGCUGUAACUGGGGCACUACUUAGUAUUUCAGAAACACAAAUUAUCACGCUACCUAAGCAGCAGGAGCUGUAGAUUUCUUUUAAAUACACUGAAGGACUGUACUUCUGUUUAAGGCAAACAAAACCAACAGAUGUACCCGCAGUAAGACUAAUAACUGAUCAGAAUAACUCAGUACAGCAGCUUCAGGACAGCUGUACUUCUCACUGCAGUUUGAAGUUGAAAGGUGCACAGAAUGGGUUUUCUCAAGGACUUCAGUUUUUUAUACCAGUGCAUGUUGUUAAUGUUGGCUGUAUCUCCAGGCGUUACUGUGAAGUGGGCCGAGCAUCUGCAGCAGAGUUCUGAAAGGCCGUAAACUAAACAUAGUUCUGUGCUGUGGCACCAGGUGUACAAAGGCAGCAGAAAUGACUGAGAUGAAAUUUAUCCCAAGAAUUGCUCACUUCAAAGUGAAUAGUCCAAGUCAGUUUUUCAAGGCAGACUAUGGCUGCUCAAGAGGAGUGCUUCUUGCAUUAUAACCCAAAGCUCUUCGUGGUAUUGAGAUGAAAAGAAUAUUUCAGUGGCUUCAGCACUUGCAUUUAAAAAGCUUGUUUUCCUUGUUGUAACCAUCCUGCACUACUUGUACAUUCAGCCUAAUUAAUAAAAUCCUUCUGUACAUGUGACUGUA